UUCUUUACUGACAGAGAAAACCUGCACACUUUGUCACGCACGCACGCAUACUCAGAACAGAACCCACUCCCCUCAGUCACAUACAUCACUCUCCUUCUCUCCCUCUCUUCGCCUUUUCCCUCGGCAAAAUCCAGAGCUCUGGGUAGAGAGAAAGGAAAAGAAAGAGAAAGGUAUCGGAAGAGGACAGCGAACAGAAAAAAAAGAAAAAGAGCAGAUUUUCCGGCUCCAGAUCAUACCUUCCCCAAACCCAUCUCUCCAUUCCUCAUCAAACUCAAACCCUUUUUAUCUUUCACCUUCUGUUAUUUUUUCAACACUCUCUUCACUUCAUGAUGCUCAACUUUGGUUUUGAAGUUUAGGGUUUUUAGUAGUUCAGUUCAAGCUUUAUUUGCUCUCAAACUAUUUCUGUUAUUUUAUCAACAUGGACAGUUACCAUCAUUUUGACAACGGUGAUACUCAUUUGCCUCCCGGCUUUCGUUUCCAUCCAACUGAUGAAGAGCUCAUUACUUACUAUUUGUUGAAGAAAGUUCUUGAUAGUAGCUUUACUGGUAGAGCAAUAGCUGAAGUUGACCUAAACAAGUGUGAGCCUUGGGAACUUCCUGAGAAGGCUAAGAUGGGAGAGAAAGAGUGGUAUUUUUUUAGUUUAAGAGAUAGGAAGUACCCAACUGGAUUGAGAACUAACCGAGCCACUGAAGCUGGUUAUUGGAAAGCUACUGGGAAAGAUAAGGAGAUUUACAGCACAAAGACUUGCGCACUUGUUGGAAUGAAGAAAACUCUUGUGUUUUAUAGAGGAAGAGCUCAUAAAGGAGAAAAGAGCAACUGGGUCAUGCAUGAAUAUCGCCUCGAAGGCAAAUUUGCUUACCAUUAUCUCUCAAGAAGCUCCAAGGAUGAAUGGGUCAUAUCCAGGGUCUUUCACAAGAGUGGCUCCGGCAAUGGUGCAACCAGCAGCACUGGCGGAGGAGCCAAGAAGAACCGAAUGAGCUCCUCCAUCGCACUGUACCAAGAGCUAAGUUCUCCUUCCUCAGUCUCCCUUCCACCUCUCCUGGAUCCCACCACAACUGCUACUGUCACUUCAGCGACAUCCCUCACUAACCGUGACAGCUGCUCUUAUGACAGCGAUAUCCAAUCUGAGCACGUGUCCUGUUUCUCCACCAUUGCUGCUGCAGCUGCCUCUGCUACUGCCACCGCCACCACAACCACCCCUCCCGCCUUCGACCCUGGGUUCAACCACGCAUUGCCGCCUCCACCCCAAAUUAUCAACAACACUUUUGAUUCUUUCACAAGAUAUCCAAGAAAUGUCGGUGUUUCAGAAUUUCCGAGCUUGAGUUCUCUUCAGGAUAAUUUGCAGCUGCCCUUCUUUUUCUCCCGGCCAACAUUGGCGGCACUACCACUUCACGAUGGUUCAUCCGUGAACUGGGGCUCAGUAUCCGAGGAAGGUAACAAUGUUUCUGGUCCUGGUGGCAAGAUAUCCAUGGGUCCUACUGAGCUUGAUUCCAUGUGGACGUCGUACUAAUUAUGUUGUGUGUUUGAACUUUGUCAUUACCAUAUUUAAUUAGGAGUAGGCUUGGAAAAGGACUGAUAAUUAACGUCAGCUUAGAUUUCAAUUUCAUGUUUGUAAUUUUAGUAUUUGCUGCUUAGAUUAAAUGAAAGUGACUUAUCCACAGCUGAUAAGCAUGUUUCAAACGUGCUGUGAUCACAACAGUCAAUUCAUCCUUUUGAUGUUUUUCUUCAUUCAUUAAAAGUUACUCCCAAAGGAAUGUGAAACACGGGCAUUAAAUGGGCAAGUUGAAUUUGGUGUGGGUGUGUGAAACACAGGGUUCACCCAUCUUUCUCCA